AUGGUCAACGUCCCCGGCAGAAGCAGAGGCUGCGCGACGUGCCGAAAGCGUAGAGUCAAGUGCGACGAGUCCCUGCCAGAAUGCCUCGCUUGCGUCCGCAUGGGGUUGCCGUGUCCGGGCGCGCGCACCGGGACAUUCUUUGUGCACGCUGUGCCAAGCUCUUCUUCGAGCCACGGAGCAUGCAGUGCGAUACCACGGCUACCGGGCCCUCAACCAUCGCGAGCCAGUGCAUUUGACCAGCUGUUUGUCUCACAUUUUGUGGAGUCCUUCUUCGGGACCAUGAAGCCACCUCCAGCACCAGGAACACCGCCAAAGAUAUGGCUGCACGAGCUUCCCGUCUUUCUAGCCUCUUCAGAGCCAUCUUCAGCCAAGCCUGCCAUUCGUGCAGCAUCGAUGAUUAGCUAUGGUACUCUCGCAGGUGAUGUGUCCAUCAAGACGGCCGCUCGAAAGUGGUAUGCAGAAGCACUGCAUCAUCUUCAGUUCCAAAUGACAAAGGGGAACGUCGCCGUUGAUGAGAGUAUCAUUUGCGCCGUCGUGAUGCUCAUUCACUUUGAAACCUGGGCUGGCACGAGCCAAAAAGCCUGGCUUCGUCAUCUCAAGGGCGCGGCAAUGUUACUUCAGGUGGCAGGGCCCGAGAGUUGUCGUGAUGGUUUCAUGCAUCAAAUAUUCAGUCACCUAAGGUUCCAGAUGUUUGUCGCCGCCAUGACCGAAAACGAAGUGCCUGUCUUUGCAACGCAAGACUGGAUGACAAUCCCUUUUCAAGUAUGCACGAAACUCGUUUUUGACCAGCUCAUUGAUGUUCUAUUCAAUCUUCUCGGGUGCCUUUCGGUUGCAGACCAACUCAUCAAAUCUGACUCGAGCGGUGACCUGAGGUCGACCCUCGAUGCUCUCAUCCGAGAUACCAUGCUCCAGGCCUCUCAGUGGUGGUCAGGGUGCAUAGAGAACAACCCCUUUGGACAAAUAUCACCGAAACAAGGAUGUGACCCAGACGAAGGUCAGCCACUGCUGACGCACACAUCGAUCCCAGCCGCAGCCUUGUGCUCUCUCUAUGAUGCGGCAAACCUCAUCACUUUCCGUCUGUUACACCUCGUGUCCCCUUCAGCACCCUUAAAUGAUCUAUGUGCAAGGCAGCAUGCACAGUCCAUCUUAUCGGCGAGUCAUUUCAUCGAUGAGAUGUCUGGACCUGCGCCAGAUCGUGGGUCUAUAAUGAUAACGCUACAGCUGAAGGUUGUUAGCCUAUGGAGCCCAUCACCCGAGCAGAGAAAUAUGGCUCUUGCGUUGCUCCAAAGGGACAGGCAUCAGGGAGGAGGACUUUCGGAUAUCUCAGCGGUCUCCCACGAGUACUUUGCUGACGUGGCCGCUUACAUUCUUCAACACUACCCUAAUGGGUGA